AAACAUAGAGUGGUUCACUCCAUUUAAUAGUUCCAACUUUCAUAUUUUUGAAUAUAAAUUCCUAAACCAAGUUGAUCACUAGGACAAAACAGUAUGAUCAAAGAUUCCCAAAUCUCUUAUUGAUUUUUUUUUCUCAGCUCCAACAAUUACAUUACAUAUAAUCAUAAUUAUUAUAUAAAAAGCUUAACCUCAAAUGCAAAAGGGGUUAAAACAAAUAUACACGUUUGUCUGAAGAUCCAGAACCCCUUAUUGUAAUAGUAAAAUUGGUCCAACACAAGAGGCCUUCAGCUCUCAUCUACUUCCUCAGCUGUUGGACAGGACAAAUUUAAAAAAACAUACACCGAUAUAUCCUUCUGACAAACAUAUAUCCACACAGCUGAGUUUUUCUUGUUUGAAGUGUCUAAAUACCUGUUUUUCACAGUUACAUAAGCUCCUCCCACUAUUUUUUUAGUAAGUGUUGGAUGUGACUCAAAAGUAAUUUGUUCCUUUGAUUCAUGUUUGAUUAUUUCUUCAUUAUGAAAUGUGGAGACAGAUGAUUUCAUUAAUUGUAGUUUUACAACAAUGUAAAAACUUAGUCAUCCAUCCAGCUACAGUAUAUAAGCGAAGCUCUGCAGCCACACCAUCAUUCCCACGACCAGCUGAGAAGCAGCCUGCUAAAGUUGUAAAGACGUGAUUGAGAUUGAUCAGCCAUGCUCAAAACAGUCCUCGUGCUUGGAUGCCUCCUGAGCGUCUCUCUGGCUCAGUUUCAUGGCAGGGGCCAUGGAGGACCUGGACGAUUUCCUCCCAACCUUCCCUUCAAUGGAGGCGAAGGGCAUUUUCAUCACCCUCCUGGACGACCCUUUGACAGACACAACUUGCUCCAGUACCUUCUGUCCAUCCUAGAGAAGCUUCAGCCGACAACUUCACCCAGCACUGAGCCUACUGUGUCUGAAUCUACCACCGACACAACAGUUGACACUACCACCAUGGCUGCUGAUACCACCGUUGCAGCUGACACCACAACCAUGGCUGCAGAUACCACAACCAUGGCUGCUGAUACCACAACCAUGGCUGCUGAUACCACCGUUGCAGCUGACACCACAACCAUGGCAGCUGACACCACAACCAUGGCUGCUGAUACCACCGUUGCAGCAGAUACCACGGUUGCAGCUGAUACCACCACCACUGGUCCCUGAGAUCUGAAAUCCUUCUCCUCAGUGAACAUCUAUUUCAUCAGUUUACAAUGGUUUUAAGAAACAUGACGGUGUAACUUUUUGUUCUCUGAAAAUUCUGCCUAAAUAAAAUAUUAAGCAAAAAAUGCACAGUUUGCAUGAGUUUGUCUAUAAGACACAAGUGAAAACGUUCAUGUUGAAUGCUUUUUUUUAAAGUGAAGAGUGCCAUAAAAAUCUAAAUUUAUAUAUAAGAAAUAUAUUAUAUAUGUGGUGUGAUAUAAGAUGGGUUAACUAGAACAAAUCUUAAAAGCUAAAAGCUGCCGUAAGGAGGGCUGGCCUUCCACUGAAUACAGCACUGAAGAAUUUACAGGUGUGUGCUGCCAACUAGUGGUCGCUUUUGGUUACUGCACCCCCAAAAGGAAGAGAACUUCAGUUCUCUCUUCAAUAGCUUUCUGUGCAUUUAAUGAAAAAAAAUAAAAUAAAAAGAUUGAUUUAAAUUAGUGUUCAAAAAAAGAUUUUCCUAAUUUUACUAUCUGACAUGUCUCUAGUAGCAUUUAAUACUUAAGAACUUUUUAGAAUGACAUUGUCAGGAUUCUGUGAUCUGGUUUUGUCAUGUUCUGUUUUCCCGUCAGUCUCACCAUGUUCAGGUCAAAUCAUCAACAG